UCUGCUCUUUGAGCACGAGCAGUCUGCUUGCGCGCGCUGUCAGCCGGCACAAAAUGGCUUCAAUGGGCGAUCCGGUGAGACUGGAAAGAGAUAUCUCUCGAGCAAUAGAAUUGUUGGAUAAACUACAGAGAACUGGAGAGGUUCCUCCCCAGAAGCUACAGGCUUUGCAGAGGGUGCUCCAAAGUGAAUUUUGCAAUGCUGUGCGAGAGGUUUAUGAACAUGUUUAUGAGACCGUUGAUAUUAACAGCAGCCCAGAGGUCCGAGCCAAUGCCACAGCAAAGGCAACUGUAGCUGCCUUUGCAGCAAGUGAAGGCCAUUCCCACCCUCGGGUAGUUGAGCUUCCAAAAACGGAAGAAGGCUUGGGCUUCAAUAUCAUGGGUGGGAAAGAGCAAAAUUCCCCAAUCUAUAUUUCACGCAUCAUCCCAGGGGGAAUUGCAGACCGGCAUGGUGGACUCAAGCGAGGAGAUCAGCUACUUUCUGUCAAUGGUGUGAGUGUUGAAGGAGAGCACCAUGAGAAAGCUGUCGAGCUCCUGAAGGCCGCUCAGGGGACAGUGAAAUUGGUGGUACGGUACACUCCAAAAGUGCUUGAAGAAAUGGAGUCUCGGUUUGAGAAGAUGAGGUCUGCAAAACGCAGGCAGCAGAACAAUAUUCCUCAGUAGCUCAUUGCUUCUGUCCAACAUUGUCUUGUGUUUGCAUUUCUUAGACCUUUUGCCUUUCACAGAGGGUCUACAAUUCAUUGUAGCUUAGAAAGGUGUUCAUAGUUUCUAUUGUUUGUACAUGGUCUGCGUGAGAUGUGGUGUUGGGGCUGUUAGCAGGGGAACUGGUAAAACUGGAUUCAGUAACUACAUAUAUUUCCAUACAUAUUACUUAUACACACACACAGACGUAAACACACACAUUUAUAGAAGGAUAAUGGUGGGAAGGAGAUUGCCUCAUUUCUUGCCAAAUGAAUAAACCUGCAGCAUUCCGAUUUUUCUUUUUUUUUCUUAGCAACAACUGCCAUUAUAGUAGUGAAAUAAUUGUAAAUUGUGGUAUAUAUAUAUAUAUAUAUAUAUAUAUAUAUAACACAACUGACCAUUUGUGUCUAUGGUGAAAACUUAAAUAAAGGUCAGAACACUAAAAUGAAUGUUUAGUUCCUUCAGCUGUCUGCCACAAUAAUCUCACUUUUUUUUAUUGAUCUAAUUUUUUUAUUUACAACUGUUAACAAAUUCCUUUUUUGAUAAUCUCUGUAAAUGAAGCAUACUUAUUUAUAUAGUAUCAGUUUUAAAAACAAUCACAAUUCUCAGGUUCUUUAUAUAUUCUUAUACUCUGUGAAGGUGUGAUAGAAUUAUACUGUUUCAAGGUUUGUAUUUCUCCCAGCUUAAAAUGCUUCACUUUGAGCACAUCUUGCAUGCAGACUGCUGGGAUGUUAUGAGAGCCAUUUCUUCAGUUUAUUCAGAAUAUGACACAGUAUUUGGAUUUAUGGUGACAGGACAACUAAAUGCUUCCUAAAAGCAUAAAACUGUAAACUUUCAUGGGUAUAACCCAAAAUGGAAAAAAAUACAAGAAUUCAUUUAGUUGUGUAGUUAACUUUUGCAGUCCUGGUUUUGUCUCACAAUAUCAAUGUUGUUUACAGUUCCAGUCGUCAAAAAUGUGGCGGAGGAUUAUAUCUGUGAUACAUCAUGUAUAUAGCGCAACGCGUAUUGUUCAUGAAAACAGCAAUAUUAAAACAAAUAUUCUUGCCACUUAGUAAAUCAUUAAACAAAUUUUAUUUUAUAGGAAAGACUUUUGCUCUUUGAUACUUUAAAUGGGUUGCACCUAAGCAAGCAGCUGUAUUAAACAAUGCACACUUUUGACAUCUUGAAGAAAAUGUUCACGCCAUUUUUUCACAUAUUUAGAGCAUAAACCAAAUCCCUGCCAAUAAAAUAUACUGACUAUACCACUACUAAAAUUCCCUUCAAAUGGUUAAAAUGUGAGAAGCACUUUGUGUCAGGGCAUGAAUCGGGCUAAGCAGUGUCACUUAAAUUUUGAAAUGCAAGUUGGUUUCUUUUUUUAGGAUUGAGUUUGUAAUUUUUUAUGGCACAUUGUAUUUAUCAAAUUUAAUAUAUAGCCUAAUGUUCCUUCUUGCUGUUGUAUUCCUUGUGAUUAAAAUAUAAUUGAUUGUUUUUACUGUAUUUGCGGGAGAAAAUAGUGCACUCAGUUGUACAUGCAUGUGAAAGAGCAUUGCUCCACAGCUGGCUUUUAUUCCAAUAAAUAUUUAAGUUAAAUGAGAA